AUGAAUAGCCUCCGCCUACUGAGAAAGUCGGCAACGCCAUGUUCAAAGCGACUCACACUUGCCUCCAUCAGCAACCCUAGCACGACUCCUCUAUCGCCAUCAACACCCAGAGAUGCUUCUAUUAGUACCAAAAGUCACUACUUUUCCACCUCCACCACUUCUAUUAGACAGCAAUCGAAAUCUCUCAAGUGGGUCAGUGGUAACUAUGGAGUUCUAACGAGGAAUUUUCGUGUGGGUGGUGGGUCGUUGAAUUUCAGGGCUUCCGAAGUGUUAUCUCAGGCGGAACUUGCGUUCGCCAAUUUCUCCGAUGAAGAUAAGUCGUUGGGAGCGAGUGGGGCCGGCGAUGAUGGUCUUGAGAUAUCGAAGCUUGGGAUUUCUGGAGAGGUCAUUCAGGCUUUGGCUAAGAAGGUGUUGAUGAAACAAGGCAUGCCAAGGGCUGAAAAUUAUUUUCAAGCUUGCUGGGACCCCAUCACUCUUGGAAUCUUGUUAUGGGACAUUCCUUUUGUUAUGAAUGCUAGACAUGCUCGGCGGGUGUAUGUUGGUGGGCUUGCUCCCUCUGCAAAUGAACAGGAAUAUGGGAUUCAAGGAUUUCCAACUAUUAAGGUGUUUGCACCUGGGAAACCUCCUGUGGAUUACCAAGGAGCUAGGGAUGUCAAACCCAUUGUAGAAUAUGCACUCCAGCAGUUACUUCUAAAGGAACGAUUAAAUGGAAAAGCUGCAGAACGAUCAAGUGAGAAAUCGGAACCUAGUGCAUCUGUAGAACUGAAUUCACGUAACUUUGAUGAGUGUGGACAUUGUAAGAAGCUUGCACCUGAGUGGAAGAAGGCUGCAAAUAAGUUGAAGGGCAAGGUGAAGCUCGGUCAUGUCGACUGUGAUGUGGAGAAGGUGGUCUUGGAGUAUGCAGAUGUUGAGAGUGCAACUAAAGCACGAACUGGCCUAAAUGGUAGAAAAUUUGGUGGGAAACCGGUUGUGGCUGUGUUCUAUCCAGAAAACGAGUUUUCUGAGGGAGAUUAUGAUGGCUAG